AUGAUGGCUCGUAUUAUUAGUCUCUUGGCAGCAGCCUCUGAAGUCAUUCCCGAAUACGAAGGCGCCGAUCCCAACAAAGGUGUUCUUGCCAGUGUGCUGCGUCCUGCAACUUCAAUGGCAAAUCCGUCCCAUGGUUUCGCCCUCGUCACUCCCGCCUCGAGGGGCCUGGGCUUCGCACUCGCACGACGUAUCUUAUCCCACACAGAGAUUCCGGUCGUUGCAACAGCGCGGAAGGGCUGCGAUGAGGUUCGACAUCGCCUGUUGGACGGACUGGCUGCGUCUAGAGAAGCCGCCGACAGACUGCGGGUCCUCCCCGUCGACGUGACUGAUGAGUCGACUAUCGAGUCGAUGGCUGCGGAACUUCACCAGACGUUUCCUAACUCACCGCUUCGCCUGGCCCUGACGGUUCCCGGGGUGCUUCAUGUCGAAAAGUCGCCGGCCCAAAUUGACGGAGCGAAUACACUGCACAGCUUCCAGGUCAAUGCUGUUGGUCAGUUACUGUUGAUGAAGCAUUUGGCCACUUUUCUUCCUACUAAAUCCAGCUCACCAUUUCCGGUAAGCGAAUCCCACCCGGCAAACGAUGAAAGCAGACUCAAGCUUCCGUCGCACGCAAUCUAUGCCGUGAUGGCGGCCCGAGUGGGUUCCAUCUCGGACAACGGCACCGGAGGCUGGUAUUCAUAUCGCGCCAGCAAGGCAGCUGUGUUCCAAUUGGCCAAGACGUUUGAUCUUCACUUGCGUACGCGGAGUCGUGAUCGCGCUUUGGCCGUCGCGUUGCAUCCUGGCACGGUACGGACGGAUUUUACCCAGGCUUACUGGGGAAGUCGGGACAUGUUGGAGCCGGAUGAGGCAGCUCAAAAGCUCUUGCAGAUCAUCACCGAGAUGCUACCUGGUAACGAGGAUGGACGAGGAAGGUGUUGGGACUGGAAGGGAAAGGAGGUUCUGCCUUAG